AUGACCACGCUGGAUGAUAAGACUGGGGAGAAGCUGCAGUAUUACUACAGCAGCAGUGAGGAUGAGGAGAGUGACCAUGAGGAAGAGGAGAACACUUCCAAAACCAUCCGCGAUCAGGAAGUGCUGGACGUGGAAAUCAACUACAGCGGAGAUGGCAGUUCGGUCAACACUGGGCCCAAGGGUGUGAUUAAUGACUGGCGUAAAUACAAGCAGUUGGAGAAUGAGCAGCGUGUGGAGCAGCAGAAAGAGAUGGAGCGACUCAUCAAGAAACUCAGCAUGACCUGUAAAUCACACCUGGAUGAAGAGGCCGACAAACAGAAAGAGAAAGACCUGCAGGACAAGAUCGCAGGCAAAAUGCCCCUUCGUGUGGAUGAGGAAGAUGAAGAUGAUGAUGAUGAUGAGGCCUUCCUCCAGCAGUACCGUCUGCAGCGCAUGGAGGAGAUGAGGCGACAUCUGUGUGGGGGGCGGCGCUUUGAGAAGGUGAUUGACAUCUCUUCAGGGGAGGAGUUUCUGCGUGCUGUCGACGAGGAGGGCAAGAACACUCUGGUGCUGGUCCACAUCUACGAGCCAGAGGUGCCCGCCUGCCAGUCCAUGGAGGGCAGCCUGCUCUGCCUGGCGCUACAGUAUCCAAUGGUGAAAUUCUGUCGUGUCAGGGGCUCUGCGGUGGGCACCAGCGCUCUGUUCCGCAGCUCAGCUCUGCCAGCCCUGCUGCUGUACCGCGGAGGGGAGCUGGUAGGCAAUCUGGUGCGUGUGUCCGAUCAGCUUGGUGAUGAUUUCUACGCCACAGAUGUCGAAGCGCUACUGCAGGAGUACGGCCUGCUUCCAGAGAAAUACACACAGCCAAACACACACUCCUCUAUUCGAAAUGCAGCUGUCACUCACCCCAGUGACUCAGACAGCGACCUGGAUAUAGACUAAAUGUGAUGAUACAACUGUUCAUACACACACACACAUACUUAUAGAGGAAUAAACACUCUUGAAUACAUUCACGUCAUGAUUCAGACCCAAUACUGUGACCAGAAACAUAGUGGUUGCAAAUGCACAUAUACUGAUGUAAACAUUGGAUCUUUAUACAAAUGUUACGGCUCUCAGAUCACGACUACUGGACCAAAAGAACAGACCAGAUGUGUGUGUGUGUGUGUGUGUGUGUGUGUCUAAUUUCAGAAAACUCUAGAAUCAGGAGUGUUUCUUUAUGCAAACAAAAAUGCUAAACCCUUCCGAGAACCCGAGAACCCUGCAUUAAUUUUUCACUAUUUAUUCUAGUUUUCGAAUGAUGUAUUUGUUUACUUGUUUGUUGUCAUUUGGACCUCUUUGUUUGCUUUACCCUCUGUUAUUUUCAUACAUUUUAUAAGCAUAUCCAUAAUGAUGAAUGCAAAAUAAAAAAAAAACUUAA